AUGCCAGCUACUGUUCACAAUGAUGUACUACUUUAUAAAGGCAGUAAUUUAUUUCGACAAAGGCUGCUACUAUCGACGUUAAGUGGUCGCUCGAUAAAGAUAGAAGAAAUUCGUAGUUCACACGAUGAUCCUGGCCUUAAAGAACAUGAAGUAAACUUAAUACGUUUAUUAGACAAGAUAACGAAUGGUACCAGAGUUGAGUUAAGUGAAACAGGCACAUGUUUAUACUUUCAACCUGGAAUUUUAAUUGGUGGUCAUGUUACUCAUACUUGUUGCACUCAGCGAGGAAUAGGUUAUUAUUUAGAAGUACUCCUUGCAUUGGGACCAUUCUGCAAAGAACCAUUAAAUGCAGUAUUACAAGGUGUCACACAUCAUGAGUUGGAUGUGUCUGUAGAUAAAAUAAAGAGUACAGCCCUGCCUAUUCUUUUGAAAUUCAUCCUUGUUGAUGAUGGUUUGGAACUCAAAGUUGUAAGGAGAGGUGCUCCACCACUCGGUGGAGGUGAGGUAGUAUUCAAAUGUCCAGUAAAAAGACAUUUACGCCCUUUACAAUGGAGACAGUGGGGUCUAGUGAAGAGGAUCCGUGGAGUUGUAUAUGCGCUGCGAGUGUCGCCUACCAUGGCUAAUAGGGUUGUGGAAUCUGCUAAAGGGGUUAUGCUGAAUUUUUUACCAGAUGUGUACAUAAAUACAGAUCAAUGUCGUGGCCCCAACGCUGGGAAGAGUCCAGGGUUUGGCAUCAGUCUUAUUGCUGAAACAAAUGAAAAAACUUUCUACUGUGCUGAGGCUAAAUCAGCUGAAGUUGGCACUGGGGGAAUAAUACUGCCAGAAGACUUGGGCCGUGAAUGUGCAUUAAACCUCUUAGAUGAAAUACAUCGUGGAGGUGCAGUGGAUUCUGCAUUUCAGUGGAUUUUAGCUUUGUGGAUGGCGCUCGGACAGAAAGACGUUAGUGAAUGUAUUGUGGGGCCACUCUCUGAAUAUACCAUUAAGUUCCUCCAACACCUUAAAGAGUUCUUUGGAGUGAUGUUCAAAUUAGAAGUUCUAAGGUCCGAUGAUGAUGAUGAAGAAUAUUCAGACAAUGAAGAUAAGUUAUCAUCCGCACAGAAAAUUAAAAUGACAUGCGUCGGCAUCGGCUACGUUAAUAUUAGCAAAAGAACUUUA